AUGGCGAAGGCAAUGCUAAUGAUAAUGCUGAGGGAAACGGCGAUAACAGGGAGGUGCUCCGAUGACCUUGGCGACUUUUCUCAAGCUUGCGGGAGAGGCCUAACACUGGUGGCAGGUAGAAUGCCACUUGAUACAGCUUCAAAAUGCCGAUGUUCAUUGGAACGUAUUCCAAACGGCCUUUAUAAGAAGUACUUUCCUGAGUCUGCAAGAGAAGUGAAGGAGAUGGAACUGAUGCAGCUGAAGCAAGGUUCCUUGUCUGUAGCAGAUUACACAAGCAAGUUUGAGGAGCUUUGUAGGUUUUCUAGGGUGUGUCAGGGUGCCCCAGAAUCCUACGAAAAUUGGAAAGGUAUCAAGUACCAAAGGGGCUUGAAGGACAACAUCAUGACUAUUGUGGCUCCUAUGGAGAUUCAUACUUUCUUCGACUUGGUGAACAAAGCAAGGGUGGUUGAGGAAUACGCAAAAAUGGUAACUUCGUCCAAUGAGACUCAUAGAGGGAACACUAGUAAGGGACGUGGCAAGUAUUUUCAUCCGAGGGGUCAAAGUUUCAAGAGAGGAGGAUAUGCGCCUCAACGUCAAGGAGGCUUCAGAAAGAAUGCUCAGAAUGAGUUUCAGUAUGCCAAAGGAAGAGGAAAUCAGAGUAAGAAUUCUCCGGAUUUGACUUGUGUGCGUUGUGGGUGUUUUCAUCCAUAUGGCUCUUCCAAGAUUAGUUUAGGUGGUUGCUUCAACUGUGGUUUGCCUGGUCAUAUGGCAAGGGAUUGCACCCGUGGGAAGAACCCGAAUGCGAGCCAGAGUCAGCACCAGGGGCGAGUAUUUGCUGUAAACACCAAGGAUGCUUCCAAGGUGGAUCCAUUGAUGAGAGGUAUAUGUUUAAUUGGUGAUAAAACAUUAAUUGCAUUGUAUGAUACUGGAGCUUCGCAUUCAUUUAUUUCGUUUGCUAAAGUUACAGAACUAGGCUUGAAAGUGUCAAAGUUAGUGUUUGAUUUGCAUGUACAUACUCCGCAUAUGAUGGUUAUGAAUAGUGCAGGGUGUAGGCAAGUAGGUUUCAAGCUUGUGGGUAGAGACUUCGUGCAUGACUUGAUUUGUUUACCAAUGGUUAGGUUGGAGAUAAUUUUGGAGUUUGAUUGGUUGUCGAAAAAUUGGGUUUUGUUGGAUUUUUUUGAGCGGUCGAUUCGGUUUAUGCUGGAAGGAGAAAAUAGGGCAGUGAUUGCUGAGGGCUACUACCUGAACUUUGUAACGGUGCACUGUAGUGGGGAAGAGUAUCAGGGUUAUCUCUUGUUGACUUCUAAUGCGUUGGGUGAUGCCCAGAACUUAGAUCAGAUUCUGGUGGUAAGAGACUUUCCUGAGGUAUUCCCGGAAGAUAUCCCGGAGUUUCCACCUCAAAGGGAGAUUGAAUUUGUGAUUGAAUUGGUGCUGGGAGCUGGACCAGUAUCGAUUGCGCCGUAUAGAAUGGCUCUAAUAGAGCUGGCCGAAUUAAAAACUCAGUUGGAAGAGCUUUUGAAUAAGAGGUUCAUUCGACCGAGUGCACCACCGUGGGGAGCGCCCAUUUUAUUGGUGAAGAAGAAGGAUAGAGGAAUACGACUGUGUGUGGAUUAUUGA